UUUCAUUUAUGUGCGAUGUGGCGGAAGAAUGGGUUGGGAUUAGAUAUAUGGAAGGCCAAGGAAGAAGCUCUGUUUCUCUGGCGGAAUGGGAGAUGCGGUAAGUUGGUUGAACAGCAGCGGCGACCGGAAUUUGGCUGGUGGGGGAAGUUAAGGGUUGAGGAUUGAAAUUGUAAAUAAGGGUAUAAACGUCAAUGUAGUAUGAUUUAGGGCGAAAUUUUUUAAAUAUUAGGGCGACGAAUAGCAAUUCAGGUAAUCUUUAGUCACUAGAAAAUUUUAAUAUCAAUUUUGGUCACUCGAAUAACUGAAACAUGUCAUAUUUAGUCACUCUCCCAUUCGUCUCUGUCCAACUCCGGUCACUCGAAUUACUGAAACAUGUCACAUUUAGUCACUCGAAUUACUGAAAAAUGUCACAUUUGGUCUCCGUACCGUUAGUUCCUGUCCAAUUCCAUGAAAGUAAUGGGCGGUGACUAAAUGUGACAUGUUUCAGUAAUUCGAGUGACAAAAAUUGAUAUUAAAUUUUUCUAGUGACUAAAAAUGAUACGAUUUAGUAAUCUCGGUGACCAAAUGUGGCAUUUACCUAUAUGAAUGUUAACUUUUUAAUAAUUUUAAUUUUUCUUCUUGUUUUUCAUAUAUGAAUUAAAUAAUAAUAUUUUAAUUAAUUAUGUGUUGAGGUGUCAAGAAACCUGUAUAUUAAUUAAGUAGUAUUUUGAUUAUUAGUAUUUUGUCUAACUCUAGCCUUAACUUACAAAUUAAAUUGUAUUUCAAACAAUUUGAAUAUUAUUUUGUACAAAAUAAAAAGUUUGAUUAUUAAAUGGUUUUAGUUCUAUGGGUUGGCUAACAUGUCAAAAUUAGGGUUUGUUACUGUAUCACCGUCCCGACCGAUAGACCUUCUAACGAAAUCUAAAUUGGUAAGUGGCUUUUUUGCGAUAUGAAUUGAUUGAAUUACGGUUGAAUUGGUAAGUGGUUUUCCACAAUAUGAAUUGAUUGAAUUACGUUCAAUCAUAGUUUCAUUAUAAAAUAUUACGUCGAUGAUUUUUUUAGUAAAACAUUCGAAGCGCUUUCACAAUUUUUGGACAAGUCUAACAUUGAUUCAAUAUCAAUUUCUAUAUCAAAGUUUACUGCGUUCGAAUGGAUAGAAAAUUAUUUGGUUGGCUACUAUAUUAUUUUUUGAAAGACUAGAUUAUUAUUUUUUUUUAAAUUCAAAAUUUCCCUAUUGUAUAAUCAUAAUUCAUUAGCUAAAUUAUCCAAUAUCCAGCCACAAGCUGACGCUAAUAAAAAGGUAAGGACAAAAAGCUGACGCUAAUGCUAUUGGUAAACUCGACGGCCGAGAGAAAGCUUCAGAGAGAAAUGAAAAUAAAAAAGCUUCCAUCUCCCCUGUAAUGCUAUUGACUUGACUAACUAUUGAUCAUCGACAAAAACCCUCUCUCACCCCCGCCGCUGCCAUGGAGCUCCGACUUCUCUUUCUCCUCUUCUGCUCCUCCCUCCUCGUUCUGCCAACCCAUUUGACACUAUCAUCAGCAGCUAAAGACACCGAUACCCAUCUGCUCCAACCCACUGAUCAACGGCGCGACGGCUGCAUCUCCGUGCUCUUAACCCAACAAGGGAUCGAUUUCGCCAAGGAUGUCUUGAUAGGCAAAGCAAUUUCUUCUCUGAUCCCAAUUCAGCUGGACGACAUCGAGAAGUCGGUCAAAAUCCCCCUGGUUGGCACCGUCCGCAUCCGUCUAUCUGACAUCACUAUCAACGAAGCCACCGUGGGUUCUUCACGAGCUCAAGCUGGGCGCCCUGGAAUCCAAUUGGUUGCUUCUGGGAUUACUGCCCAGAUGAGCUUGAAGUGGAAGUAUUCUUACAAGGUUUGGUUUGUCGAGAUUUCUGACCAUGGAGUUGCCUCAGUUCAGGCUGAAGGUAUGCGAGUUGGGGUCAUUGCGGGUGUGAAGGAAGAUGGAGGCACCCUCAAGCUUUCAGUUUUGGCCUGCGGCUGCCAAGUGGAAGAUGUCUCUAUUGAUGUCCAUGGUGGAGCAUCUUGGCUUUAUCAAGCGGUGGUUGAUGCUUUUCAAAACACCAUAAAGUCCAAGGUGGAAAAGGCUGUUGCCAAGAAAAUCACAGAUGGGAUCGCAAAACUCGACACCAAAUUGCAAUCAAUUCCGAAGCUGAUCAACAUUGAUCGUACUGCUGCACUGAAUGUUACUUUUGUCAGCGAUCCCAUCUUCCAGUCAUCUUCAGUUGAUCUGCAAAUCGAUGGUUUGUUUACAUCAUUGGGUAAUGCUUUGGCUCCGGCCUAUCACCGUGUAGGGAGAGGAGCUUCUUUAUAUUACGACGACGAGUCUCGUAUGAUUGGAAUAUCACUACAUGAAGAUGUGUUUAAUUCUGCUGCAACAACAUACUUCAAUGCAGGUUAUAUGGAUUGGAAGAUCAAUAAACUGCCAGAUCAAUCCCUCUUGAAUACUGCAGCAUGGAAGGAUGUGUAUCCCGAGUUAUACAAGCUUUACCCCGAUGAUGACAUGACUCUGGAUGUGAAGUCUGCUUCUCCUCCAGUCAUUACCAUUACAGAGGAUGAUGGUAAUGCUGCCAUUGCCUUGGACGUGACAGUGAAAGUCUUGAAUGCUACUCAAGUUCUACCAGUUGCUUGUGUAUCAGUGGCAAUUAACGCUUCUUGCACUCCACAAAUCUUGGGGAACAACCUUACUGGCGUUCUAGAUAUGAGAAGUUUCAAAUUAUCUCCCAAAUGGAGCAACAUCGGUAACCUACAGACCCCUCUACUGGAGGAGAUGGUCUCCACUGUCCUAGGCAGCAUCUUCAUCCCAUACGUGAACUCCCACCUCGCAAGAGGGUUUCCCUUGCCUGUAAUUCACGGAUUCGCAAUCGCUGAUGGUGAAAUCAAAUGCAUGGAUUCGAGCCUCAUAAUCCGCAGCGACAUUGCCCUGACAUAAUGGCACGCUUAUAGCAGACAACCAGGUUUCUGGGAAACUACAAAGAUGCUUUGUACAUAAAAUUGUUCUGUGUAAUACGAGAACAGCAGUCGAGAUAAAUCAAAUGUGGGGUUUCCGGUAGGCAUUUCGAGUAAGCAUAUAUGUAGCAUCAUUUGCAGAGAUGCCAAUGUAGUAAGUAACAGCUCCUCCCCGCAAAAUUCAUUUGCUUCUGUACUCUUUCUUUGUAUCCAUCUUCCUUGCAGUUUCAACCAUGGUUUCUGGUUUCUGUAAUCGACUCGCGGCUGUCCAACCAUGAAAACCUCCUCAUAUUGUCAGUCAGACUAAUGUAGUACCUACAUCUAUAGGGAAAGUCUUGUUGAUGUUACUAACUUUUGGUCGAUAUUAUACCGAUAUAUUAUCGUGUUUUAGUAUGGGCGAUUCGAGUCACAAAGUGAAAUUAACACACCUUGGUCUCUGCUGUUUUGUCACUUGUACUGAUUCCUGAUCACAUUAAACUAAAGUCAUCCACUAAUGGAUUAAAAUUAGGGCUAAAUCCUGUGGCGGAGGAUGAGAGAGCGGCAGGACGGUGGAGUAAACGGCGGGUAACGGAAAUUUGGAAAAUAAAAAAUAAUAAUAGGG